ACACCGGGACCAUGACCUCGGCCAACGACUACGAGCAGCUGGAGCUGCAGCAGCAGUACAGCCGCAUCAACGUCCGCUGGGACGCGUCCGACGAUGAGCUGGACAACGACAACAGCUCGGCGCGGCUCUUUGAGCGCUCCCGCAUCAAAGCCCUGGCAGAUGAGCGGGAGGCCGUGCAGAAGAAAACCUUCACCAAGUGGGUGAACUCGCACCUGGCUCGUGUCACCUGCCGCAUCUCGGACCUCUACAUGGACCUCCGGGACGGGCGCGUGCUCAUCAAGCUGCUGGAGGUGCUGUCAGGAGAGCUUCUGCCCAAGCCCACCAAGGGCCGGAUGCGGAUCCACUGCCUGGAGAAUGUGGACAAGGCGCUGCAGUUCCUGAAGGAGCAGCGGGUGCACCUGGAGAACAUGGGCUCCCACGACAUUGUGGAUGGCAACCACCGCCUCGUCCUUGGCCUCAUCUGGACCAUCAUCCUCCGCUUCCAGAUCCAGGACAUCAUUGUGGAGACGCAGGAGGGCCGGGAGACACGCUCUGCCAGGGAUGCGCUGCUGCUCUGGUGCCAGAUGAAGACGGCAGGGUACCCCCACGUGAAUGUCACCAACUUCACCUCAAGCUGGAAGGACGGGCUGGCCUUCAAUGCCCUCAUCCACAGGCACAGGCCUGAGCUGGUUGACUUCCAAAACUUGACCAAAUCCAAUGCCCGGCACAACCUGGAGCACGCGUUCAGCGUGGCAGAGCGGCACCUGGGCAUCACCCCGCUCCUUGACCCCGAAGAUGUAUUCACGGAGAACCCUGACGAGAAGUCCAUCAUCACCUACGUGGUGGCCUUCUACCACUACUUCUCCAAAAUGAAGGUGCUGGAGGUGGAGGGAAGGCGCCUGGGCAAGGUCAUCGAGCACGCCAAGGAGACGGAGCGGAUGAUCGAGGGCUACGGGGGGCUGGCAUCUGACCUGCUCACCUGGAUCGAGCAGACCAUCGCCUCCCUCAACAGCCGCAGCUUCGCCAACUCGCUGGCCGGGGUGCAGCACCAGCUGCAAGCCUUCAGCACCUACCGUACCGUGGAGAAGCCCCCCAAGUUUCAGGAGAAGGGUAACCUGGAGGUGCUGCUCUUCACCAUCCAGUCACGGAUGAGAGCCAACAACCAGCGCGUCUACACCCCGCACGAGGGGCGCCUGGUCUCCGACAUCAACCGGGCCUGGGAGCAGCUGGAGAAAGCGGAGCACGAGCGGGAGCUGGCCCUGCGCAACGAGCUGAUCCGUCAGGAGAAGCUGGAGCAGCUGGCACGGCGCUUCGACCGCAAAGCGGCCAUGAGGGAGGCCUGGCUGAGCGAGAACCAGCGCCUGGUGGCCCAGCUGUCCCUGGCGAGGUCGACAGAUCAUGGCACUGACCUCCCGACCGUGCAGCGCCUGGCCAAGAGGAACCAGACGCUGCAGAAGGAGCUGGCGGGCCAUGCCCCCCGCCUGGCUGAGGUGCUGAGCCGGGGAGAGGCGGCGGCGAGUGGCGAGGAGCCGGGCCCGGAGCUGGCGGCACAAGCACAGGAGCUGCGGGCGCUGUGGGAGACCCUGCAGGAGGAGGCGGCCGCCCGGCACCGGCGCCUGCAGGAGGCUGGAGAGGCCCAGCAGUACUACCUGGAUGCCAGCGAGGCCGAGGCCUGGGUCAGCGAGCAGGAGCUCUUCAUGGGACCCGAGGAGAAGCCAAAGGAUGAGGAGAGUGGCUUGGUGAUGCUGAAGAGACACGUCCGGCAGCUGCGCUCCAUCGAGGACUACGGACACACCAUCAAGGAGCUGGCAGGGAGGGCACAGCAGCUGCUCUCUGCUGGCCACCCUGAGGGGGAGCAGAUCAUCCGGCUGCAGGGCCAGGUGGACAAGCACUACGCGGGGCUGAAGGAGGCGGCUGAGGAGCGCCGCCGGCGCCUGGAGAACAUGUCCCACCUCUUCCAGCUGAAGCGGGAGGUGGAAGACCUGGAGCAGUGGAUAGCCGAGCGCGACGUGGUCGCCUCCUCCCAGGAGAUGGGGCAGGACCUGGACCACGUCACGCUCCUGAGGGAGAAGUUUCGGGAGUUUGCGCGGGAGACGGGCAGCGUGGGGCAGGAGCGCGUGGACCGGGUGAACCUGACCAUCGAGGACCUCAUCGACGCGGGGCACACCGAGGCGGCCACCAUGGCCGAGUGGAAGGACGGGCUGAACGAGAGCUGGGCCGACCUGCUGGAGCUGAUCGACACCCGCAUGCAGCUCCUCGCCGCCUCCCACGACCUCCACAAGUACUUCUAUGACGGCGCUGAGCUGCUGGCCCUCAUUGCCACCCGGCGCCAGGAGCUGCCCCAGGACCUGGGCGAGGACGCCGGCACGGUGGAGGCUUUUCACCGCAUGCACAGCGCCUUCGAGAGGGAUCUCCAGCUGCUGGAGGCACAGGUGCAGCAGUUUCGGGAGAUGGCGGCGCGCCUGCAGACAGCCUAUGCCGGGGAGAAGGCGGCCGGAAUCCAGGAGCAGGAGCAGGAGGUGUCCCGAGCGCUGCAGGAGCUGCUGGAGGCGUGCAGUGGGCGCCGGGCACGGCUGGUGGACACGGCCGACAAGCACCGCUUCUUCAGCAUGGCACGGGAUCUGCUCUCCUGGAUGGAGAGCACCAUCCGGCAGAUCGAGACACAGGAGAAACCCAGGGAUGUCUCCUCGGUGGAGCUGCUGAUGAAGUACCACCAGGGAAUUAGGGCCGAGGUGGAUGCUCGGAGCAAGAACUUCACCACCUGCAUCGAGCUGGGCAAGAAGCUGCUGCAGCGCAAGCACCAGGACUCGCCAGAGGUGAAGGAAUCAGGGAUGGGGGGGGCGUCGUGGCUCAUGGCGCAGGAGCCCUACCUGGCCAGCAGCGACUACGGGCAGACGGUGGACGCGGUGGAGAAGCUGCUGAAGCGACACGAGGCUUUCGAGAAGUCCUCGGCCACCUGGGAGGAGCGAAUCGCCGCCCUCAGGAAGCUGACUACGCUGGAGCUCCUGGGCGGGCGGUCGCUGCGUGAGGGGCUGGCGCGGGACGGGACAACGCGCUCCGAGGCUCCUGACUACCACCUGGAUCUGGAUGGGGAGCUGGAUGCCGGGUCUGAGGAGGAAGAGGAUGAGGAGGAGAAGAGAAAGGAUGUGAGCACACAGGACACUUCAAUACCCACCACGGAUGGACCAGAGCCGGUCAGUUCUUGAGUUUAGCUUUUACCUUCCCCGACAGCCAAAACCUUCUCCCUGCAUGUCCCACCAUUCCUGGCACCCCUUGUGACUGUGACCACAUUGUGCUGACGGCUCCCUGUGUCCCCAACCCUCACCUUGUCCUUGCCUUGAGUUGAAUAAAUGCUAAAUUACCCCAAAAA